AUGGUUACUAAAUCUUUUACAUUUCAUGAUACCUUAUACCCCCAUCCCAAUGGUACAACACACCCCAUUCUCGCAGGCGUCUGCGGCACAAAUCCAUUCCCCAGCAUACCCCGCUUUCUCACAGAGCUGUGCUGCCUCGGCUUCAUCGGUGUGCAGAAGUUUCUCACGAACCUCGAAGAGCCUGGAAUGGGUUUCGGCUUGGAGGUGGAGAUGAUCCGCACGGCGCACGAAAUGGAUAUGCUCACGUGUCCGUAUGUAUUCACGCUGGAGCAAGCAGCGGAUAUGGUGCUCGUGGGCGCGGACAUUAUCGUAGCGCAUAUAGAGCUCACGACGAAGGGGAGAAUUGGCGCCGGGACCGCGCCAACCGCGCCAGAUCUGGAUGGGUGUGUGAUUAGGGCUCGGGAAAUCUGGAAUGCUGCGGUGGCGGUGAGGAGUGAUGUGUCGGUGGUGUGCUAUGGAGCCCCGGUUUCGGAGGUGGAUGAUGUGGAUUAUGUGCUUGAUAAGAGUGCGGGUGUGCAUGAGUUUUUUGGGGCUUGUUCUAUGGCGAGGUUGCCGAUUGAGGUUGCAUUAGAGAAGACGGUUAAGGAUUUUAAGGGGAUCAUUAUUAAAGAUUCGAGUGUUAGGGGGAUUUGA